GCGGGGCCGCUCCACACGGCGGCGGCGGGCGGGCCGAAGCGGAGGCCCAGCAGGUAGGGAGGGUUUGAAAGGAGGGUUUUUUGAGCUUUUCUGCUCGAAAAAAGGCUGGAAGGUGCCGUGGAAAAGGCCAGGUGAAGCGUGGUGAGGGCUCCAGCUUGUCCCCUCACGUACCCAGCUGAGCCGCUGCCAUUCCCAUCUAAAUCUGUGGUGUGUGUGAGGGGGGAGUCCGGGCCUCGAGGCCUGCAGGCUCCAUGAAGCUGCUGCGCCUGUUGUGCCGCCAUAAGACGGCCUUGGGUUUGGGAGGCCUGUCGUUGUUUGCCGUGGUCCUGCUCUACCUGGCCAAGUGCACAUCUGAAGGCUUGAAACCACUGCCAGCCCCCCAUGGGUUGCCCCACCAGCAGCCCCCAAUGCCAUGGGGUGCAAGGGGGCCGCCUGCCAUCCCACCUCCAUCCCUUCCUCAGGAGUCGGCCUUCUUGGCAGUGCUCAUCACCAGCGGGCCUAAAUACACCGAGCGACGCAGCAUCAUCCGCAGUACGUGGCUGGCAACGGCUGGUCGCCCUCCUCAUGACAAUAUAUGGAGCCGUUUUGUCAUUGGAACGGGUGGGUUGGGGGCUGAGGAGCUGAGGAGCCUGGAGUUGGAGCAGAGUCGCCAUAAGGACCUCCUUCUCUUGCCGGAGCUGAGGGAUUCCUAUGAGAACUUGACCGCCAAAGUGCUGGCUACGUACGUCUGGUUGGAUCUACACCUUGAUUUCCAGUUCGCCUUGAAGGCCGAUGAUGAUACGUUUGUACGUUUGGAUGUGCUGGUGGAAGAUCUGAAAGCCAAGGAGCCGCGUCGCCUCUAUUGGGGCUUCUUUUCUGGCCGUGGUCGAGUGAAAUCUGGUGGCAAGUGGAAAGAGAACGCCUGGGUGCUCUGUGACUACUACCUGCCGUAUGCUCUAGGUGGAGGUUACGUGCUUUCUGCGGAUCUGGUGCACUAUCUGAGGCUCAACAGAGACUACCUGAACAUGUGGCAGAGUGAGGAUGUCUCCCUUGGAGUCUGGCUGGCUCCUAUCGAUGUCAAAAGAGUGCACGAUCCUCGUUUUGACACUGAGUAUAAGUCAAGGGGUUGCAACAAUAAGUACAUAGUAACGCAUAAGCAAAGCAUCGAGGACAUGCUGGAAAAGCACCAGACCUUGGCUAAAGAAGGGAAGCUCUGUAAGGAGGAGGUUAAGCUCAGGCUUUCCUACAUGUAUGACUGGGGAGUGCCACCUUCCCAGUGUUGCCAAAGGAAAGAUGGCAUCCCCUGAAAUUCUGAGGAAGGAAAAGGCUGAUGAUUAUGGGACUCUCUGAGCUGGGUUACUGUUAUCUGGGGAGAAUCCCAAUAACUAGGGCUUAAAAAAAUUACUCAAAAAGAUUUUGCACGUUUCAUUAUGUCACAAUGAAACCCUGAAACUCCUGAGAGCUGCUGGUGUGGCAUGAUGUAAAGCUGUUUAUAAAAGAGCAAGAUAUGACAGAAACCUGGAGAGGCUCACGUUACAGGAUUGAAGGCAAACAAUAUGUUGCAAGAUGGAUAGUACAGAAUUCUGGGGGAGGUAACUUGGAUCAAAAAGCUGCUAGAAAUUUGUUAACGGGUUCUGUGAUAUAUUUGCUAAAGAUCACAGCAGGCCUUUAUAAGAUUAUGAAACUAACAUCUGGUAUUUAUUUAUUGGCAAGAAACAAUUGUCAGUUUGGCAAGGUUUGAGAAUUCAAAUGCAGCCGCAGAUUGGUUGCUCUUGCCAGUGGGAACAGGUAUCUGUCACAGGCAUUCAAGUAAGGAGAACAAUUUUGCACCAGAUAUUCACAUUAGGGGAAGGAGAGCCUGUCUGUUCUUUGGAGAGUGCUUUAAAAGAAUAGAAUUCCUAGACCUUUCUGUGUAAUUUGUCUCUUUUUUUUGUUGUUAAAGACAUCUUGUACAUAAAUUACCUGGCAGCUACAGAGUAAAUCUAUUUAGAAAGGUGGAUGAGUUACAUACAGCACUUGGCAGGUAGACUAUAUUAUUUGGGGGCAUAUAGUUAUGCUACAAAGCUUUCAGUUAUUAGGUGUUGUUCUUAGCUUAUUGUCCACACCCAGUACAUCUGAAGAAGCAUUCCACUCCAACAGCAAAUAAUCCUACUGCUGUAAGUCAGAUCUUGUAGCCAUUGGAUUUAUAUUAUUCUAGAGCACUUGGGUACAACAUACAUUAGCAGGAUUAGGUCAGUGGAGAGUAUUCAGAAGUCAAAUGAGAUUGCCCUAAUUUAGAUAGCUCAGAUAAGAAAACAAACUCUCUAUAUAAUCAAGAUUAUCAUUUACAGGCUGCUCUAGUUAUCAAGCCUGUCAUUCCAACCCUUUUGAAUGGCAGAUGCUCCAGUACACCAGUAUCUUUUACCUUUGACAGCAACACAUCUUUCAGUAUGAGCAGUUUUUAGUUCUGUGCCCGAAUGGCACGUUCCCAGCCAUCAGUUUUAAUGGUUAUUGCACGCAGCACUUUCAUACAGGUCCCAUGAUCUCCUCCUCUCUUUGGUCUAGUGUCUGCUCUCACAAAUUGCAAAGGAACUAAAACAAGACAUUGCCAGUAUCUUUAGUUUCCAUUUCUUAAAUUAGCAAGUUAGCAAUUAAUACCAAAGGAAUAGAGGAUGUUAUUUUGUUGUUCUUCUCUUGUUUUGAUUCAAUUACUGGGGAUUAAGAAAAGUCUUCUGUAAAGGAUGAUUCCCUAGUAUGAACAUUUGAAUGAAUUCUGAAACAGAUUUAACAAGAUACUGGAAAUAAGUUAUUUUAGCACAUCCAUUCCCAAUGCAUGUCCAUGUAUUGACAGGCAGAUGUUCUUUUCAGCAAGUCCUAUCAUUGCAAAACAAUACUAAAGAUUACAGGAAGCUUAAAUCGGUUCUAGCAUUUUACAAAACACCUACUUGUUAUUUGGGGUCAAGCAGUAUUGUGUGUAUAUAUAUGUGAUUAAAUGCCCGUAAUGUGAGUAUUUAUAAAUAUUGGAAACAUGUUAUGUGUAGGAAAAGUAAGGUAGUUAAAUGUCAUGUUUUAAAUCCGUUUACAGAAGUACUUCGGUGUCCAUGAGAGUUGUGUACCAAGCGGUGCUUGAGAUUGUUCUUGUUAUAAUAUAGGCUGUUAUUUCAAGUCCUAGGAUCUGAAGAGUGGGCCAGAUAUAUGCUGUGUCUCUGGAGCUGAUGAGAGCGUGUUGCUCAGCACCUAAAGCCACAUCCAUGUUGGUGGGAGUUGUUUACAGUGUUGAUUUGGGUGCUUACCUGCCCCUAAUAGCUGCGACUGGGGCUACAUUAAUGAAGGAGGAGUGCUGAAUCUCCUGAUCUCUGACCCAUAGAAAACACGAUGCACACAAAUACUUGAGAGCUGUGAAGCCCUCUUGCAUGGCUUCUUACACCGUCUUUAUUAUUUAGGUAGCUGAAGAUGAUCUGAUACUUGAAAAGCCACGAUAUAACUCUUGUCUUUCUUAGGUCAGUGUGACGAGGCUGACUUCAGUAUGGGGUGUUCCUCUGCUUCUAGGAAACAGUUUGUUGGUCUGCAUCAGCUAUAUCAGAAAGGGAAGUUCUGUUGCAAAACAUGCAAACAGAAUUAUCCAGAAACAGAUUUAUUUCUUAUGGCAUUCCUAUUGACAAUAGCUUAUCGGUACGUUGGCUUUUUGCUUUUCAAGCAGUGCUGGUUUCUGAGUCUUCUAUUCAUAAACACUUUGUACUUUAAUAUUAUCAGUGGCGUGCAGAAUAAUGAGCACUUCAGCUUUUCUGGCUAUCAGUGAUGCACUCUCAUGCAGGCUUCAGUGUGUAAGGAGUAGCUAAAUCAUUCCUACAGUUUCAAUUAGAAAACCAAACUGACAGAUAUCAUUCCUCAAGCUCAGUGCUUCCUUUCCCAACUGUCUAGUCUUGUCCAUGUGACGCUUGCUCAAAUACAGCCCCUGCAUGUCAUGCUUCUGACAAACACUAUGUUUUCUGUAGUUGAAAUACCUCAUUUUGAACGUUUCAAUCUGUAUUCCUUAUCUUUUAACGCUGUGUUUGGGGGUGGGGAUCUCCAUUCAGUGCUAGCUUAGCAGAUUAAGAGCCCAGCAGGGCAGGUGAUUAAGGUUUGCAUUUCUAUUGCUUACUAUUCAGCUCCAGCAUCAGAGUUGAAACAUGUUCUUGCUAUUGCUGCCUGCCUGACAAACUGUCAACACCUCUCCUGCUCUGUGUUUAAUUUAGAGCACGCUGCCUGCAAGACAUCCAUCUGUUGCCACACGUACCUGUGCAAGAUCUGCCUUUGCCCUGGAACUGGAUCUACUUUAUGCCAACAUAACAUGCCUGCUGUUACUUUCUAAUACAGUCCACUUAGGUAGCGUCCAGUAAAACAUGGAGCUGGAGCUGUUCCCUAUGGUCAACAUGAAGCGGAAGGAUUCUAUGUGAUAAGUGUGCCUUUAUGAAAUGGAACGGGGGUACUGCGCUGAGUGUAUUUUAAACAGUUGAAUGAAAUUGCACAUUUUGUUUCUGCAGCUCAUCAUUUACAUAGGGAAUAAACUGCUCGGAACGCGUGAUUGAUGAUGACAACAUUGGUAACUGUGUAAGUAUAUUGUAUAGGUAUUUAUGUCCCUCCAUACAUGCUGUUAUUGGCCAAAGGGGUCUGUGUGCUGUGAUUUUUAAUUAAAAAAAUACUUUUGCUGUA